AUGACUUUUGUUGAUUUCAUUCUUGGGCUAUUAUUCCUGGCCCAGACUGGGACUGGGGUUCUGGGGAAUAUCUUUCUUCUCAUAACCUGUGCCUUCACAUCUACUGACCAGGCACUGAGGCCCACAAACCUGAUUCUCACCAACAUGGCUGUAGCCAACUUCUUGGUUCUUCUCUUCAAGGGGAUCCCAUGGACAAUAUUAACCUGGAGAGGAACACUCAUGCUGGGAAACACUGGGUGUAAACUUGUCUUUUAUAUGCUCAGAGUUGGCCGGGGCCUUGCUCUCUGCACCACUUGCCUCCUAAGCAAUUUUCAGGCCAUCACCAUCAGCCCCAGAGCUGGUGGCAGAAUGGGACUCAAGAAGAGAGCUGGGCAGAAUGUCAGUUCCUCCUGCUUUCUGUGUUGGAUCUCCACCUUGCUGAUAAACAUCUUUGUCCCCAUACAUAUGAAAGGCCUUCAGCAUGUGCAGAACUCUACCAAGAUACAGCACUAUGGACUGUGCUCUGCUAACCGCCCUGGGAACACUGUAGCCCUGUACACCACUCUGAUGACUCUCCCAGAUGUUGUGUUCCUUGUGCUCAUGGCAGGGGCCAGUGGCUACAUGGUUCUUCUCCUAUACCAACACCGGCAGAGAGUGAGGCAUAUUCAUGCCCUCAGAGCUUCCCACCGACUCUCCCCCGAGGGAAAAGCCACUCAAACCAUCCUGCUUCUAGCAAGCACCUUCAUUUUAUUUUAUUUAAUAAAUUCUGUUCUUACAAUUUAUAAUACUGCUUUUUACAGGUUCCGCCCUUGGAUGCAGCACACUGUUACUUUUCUCACGGCAUGCUACCCCACACUUGGCCCUUUGAUCUUGCUACUUCAAAACCCUAAGCACUAA